GUCAGUUGGGUCUAUCUUUACGUCAGUCAUUGACUUAAGCGCAUCUUUAAAAGGACAUUUUCCAGUAUGAGCACCUAUUUUAAAAUGAAGAUAAUGACAGACAGUUAAGGAGAGAAAGGUGUAUUGCUCAUCAAGGGCGGCUGGUAAUGUGAUGCUUUUAAGAAUUUCAGAUGCGUUACGUAAGAGACUUCAUGGCCGAGCUCCAGCAUCGGCGCAGGUGGAUGUGGUGCGCAUGCGCAGCACGGCGCGUCUCCAUCAUCAGGACCAGAUUGCGUGGAGCGUCUCGCGCCAGGAUGGCAAUGAGCGCAGCGCCCUAAACGCACGGAGACCUCCCCGUAUUUAUACCCGCACUGCUUCAUUCCAGGAGAGCCAAAGUCGGAUUACCAUCUCCAUUUCUGGAACAGCGGUUUAACACGGAUCGUCACAUGCGACGCAGAGGCCAGUGAGCAGACGCAUCGCUGCAUCUCGGCACCGUCCGAGACAAUAACAAUCUGGCAAACCAACACCGGGAAUAUAAUCAGGGAUCUGUCCUGCAAACGGCGCCGGGGCUCUCCGCUCGCUUAUGUGGGAUGCACAUCAAUGUGUUGCCGUACUCGCUGUCCGUGGUAAUGGCUGCUCUGUACCAGGGGACGGACGCGUCCUCACCAGAUAAGUAUCUAGCACUCAAAGACGUGAGGGAGGUGAAGGAGGAGACGACGCUGGACGAGAAGCUCUUCCUGCUGGCCUGCGAGAAAGGUGACUACUACAUGGUAAAGAAGCUUCUGGAAGAGAAAUCGCGUGGAGAGUUGAACAUAAACUGCGUGGAUGUGCUUGGCCGGGACGCCGUCACCAUCGCGAUCGAGAACGAGAACCUGGACAUCCUCCAGCUGCUGCUGGAACACGGCUGCCAGGCGAGUGAUGCCCUUCUGGUUGCCAUCGACUCCGAGGUGGUGGGUGCCGUGGAUAUCCUGCUGAACCAUCGACCACGGAGAUCUUCGAAGCCCUCCAUGGCGAAACUGAUGCAGCGCAUUCAGAACCCGGAGUACUCCACUACCAUGGACGUGGUGCCUGUGAUCCUGGCAGCUCACAGGAACAACUACGAGAUCCUGACUAUGCUGCUGAAGCAGGACAUCUCCUUGCCGCGGCCCCACGCCGUGGGCUGCGAGUGCACGCUCUGCAACGCCAAAAACAAGAAGGACAGCCUGCGCCACUCCAGGUUCCGGCUGGAUAUCUACCGCUGCCUCGCCAGCCCAUCACUGAUCAUGCUGACGGAAGAGGACCCCAUCCUGAGGGCUUUCGAGCUGAGUGCCGACCUCAGAGAGCUCAGCCUGGUGGAGGUAGAGUUCAGGAAUGAUUAUGAGGAGCUGGCCAAGCAGUGCAAGAUGUUUGCCAAGGACCUCCUGGCCCAGGCGAGAAACUCGCGGGAGCUGGAGGUCAUCCUGAACCACACGUCCAGCGAGGACCAUGUGGACAAGCGGGGUCUGCUGGAAGAUCGCAUGAACCUUAGCCGCCUCAAGCUGGCAAUCAAGUACAACCAGAAGGAGUUUGUGGCCCAGUCUAACUGCCAGCAGUUCCUGAACACGGUGUGGUUCGGCGAGACGGCCAGCUAUCGGCGGAAGCACACCUUCCUGAAGAUCUCGACAGUGCUGAGUGUGGCGCUGCUCUGGCCCAUCCUGUCCGUCUGUUACCUGCUGUUCCCCCGCUCCCGCGUCGGCUGCAUCAUCCACACACCCUUCGUCAAGUUCAUCAUCCACAGCGCCUCCUACUUCACCUUCCUGUUGCUGCUCAACCUCUACUCGCUGGUCUACAACGAGGGCAAGAAGAACACAAUGGGGCCGGCGCUGGAGAUGAUCGACUACCUGCUCAUCCUCUGGAUUGUGGGAAUGGUGUGGUCGGACGUGAAGCGCCUCUGGUACGAGGGUCUCGAGGACUUCCUGGAGGAGUCGCGCAACCAGCUGAGCUUCGUCAUGAACUCACUGUACCUGGCCACCUUCGCUCUCAAGGUGGUGGCCCACAGCAAGUUUAAGAACGCGGAGGACACGGAGAGGAAGAACUGGGACGCGUUCCACCCCAUCCUGGUGGCCGAGGGACUCUUCGCAUUCGCCAACGUGCUCAGCUACUUGCGCCUCUUCUUCAUGUACACCACCAGCUCGAUCCUGGGCCCCUUACAGAUAUCCAUGGGUCAGAUGCUACAGGAGUUUGGCAGGUUCCUGGGCCUGUUCCUGCUGGUCCUCAUCUCCUUCACCAUUGGCCUGACGCAGCUCUAUGGUAAAGAGCAGAAGGACCUCUCCAAAAGCGGCGAUAAGGACUUCCACACGUUCAUCGGCACAUGCUACAACCUAUUCUGGUACAUCUUCUCUUUGGCGCAUGUGCCGCUCUUUGUCACCCGGAUCAGCUACACGCAGGAGCUGCGCUCGUUCGUGGGGGCGCUCAUCGUGGGCACAUACAACAUAGUGGUGGUCAUCGUUCUCACCAAGCUGCUGGUGGCCAUGCUGCACAAGAGCUUCCGGCAGAUAGCGAACCACGAGGACAAGGAGUGGAAGUUCGCCAGGGCCAAGUUGUGGCUCAGCUACUUCGACGACAAGUGUACCCUGCCCCCGCCGUUCAACAUCGUGCCCUCGCCGAAGACCGUCUGCUACCUGGUGACCAGCCUCAGGAAGUGGAUAUGCUCCCACACGUCCACAGGGAAGGUCAAGCGGCAGAACAGCCUUAAAGAAUGGAAGAACCUGAAACAGAAGCGUGACGAGAACUACCAGAAGAUCAUGUGCUGCCUGGUCCACCGCUACCUGACUUCCACCCGGCAGAAGAUGCAGAGCACGGACCAGGCCACGGUGGAGAACCUCAACGACCUCCGACAGGAUCUCUCCAAGUUUCGUAACGAGAUGAGGGACUUGCUGGGCUUCCGUACCUCCAAGUACGCCAUGUUCUACCCCAGAAGCUAAGCCUGCUCCUCAGCCUAGCAUGCUCAGAGGCCCAUGUGGAAAUGGGGACCCCCAGAGCCUGCUAAACCCCUGCACCAGAGUCCAGCACCACAGCCUUGUACAAAAUGCUUUCACAGUCUUGUUUUCUAAAAUCGCUGAUCUUUACAACAAAAAAAGGAAUAAAAAUUUAUGGAAAAGA